GAAGCCGGGGUUUGACACAUAAUUUCCAGCAGAGAAAAUCAUGUGUGGUGCCUUAACUGUUGUACCCCUCAUUUUUUCCCAUUUUACUUCGUGCUUCGUCUUAACAUAUACCAAUCUUUUACAACAAAUGCCCCGAUCAGCCUGGAAAGGUCCUUUUUUUGUAGCAUUCCCUGGUUUAAAGCAAGCUAUUGCCAAUGGCACUCCCAUUGCUACACAAGCUCGUAGUUGCACGAUCCUACCUUCCUUCGUUGGUUUGAAGUUUUUAGUACACAAUGGAAAAGAAUAUAUGCCAGUAUUAGUGACAGAAGAGAUGAUUGGUCAUAAACUCGGCGAAUUCUCAUUCACAAGAAAACGAUUCAACUACAGAUUCACAAAGAACAAAUAAACAACCAAAAGCAAAAGCGAUACCAUUACAGGCACCAUUACGAAAUUUUCUCCACACAAUUAGGUUGCUCUUUAUCAAUUAAUGUUAAUGUGUGAUUUUAUGUAUCAAUGAAGAAGACCCAAAAUUUUGUAAUAUAGAAGUUAGGAAUAAAAGAGACAA